CCGGCGCGGGGCAGGAAGGGGAACCCUUUGGCCGCGGACUCCAGCCGGAAGCUGCUCUCCCGGCCCAGGCGCCGGUGGGGGAGGAGCGGGCGGCGGGGAACGUGUGUUGAACGUUGCACGCAGGCUGGUGUGUGGCGCUCAAGCUGGAACGGGAGUUCGGGCCGGCCCCGUGCGCGGAAAGCGAGUGCCCCGAGCAGGGUUCAUUGAAAAAUCCUUAGUGAUAUUGACAUGUUUCAAGUGACAUAAAUUAGCCAAUGACUCGGAAUGAUGGAUUCCCAGAAGAUUGGAAAUGGUUUGCCUGUGAUUGGACCAGGGACUGAUAUAGGGAAAUCUUCACUCCACGUGGUGGGGUAUUUGGGAAAAAGUUAUGAUUCCGCUAAAGUGCCAUCAGAUGGGUAUUGCCCUGCUUGUCGAGAGAAAGGAAAGUUAAAAGCCUUGAAGACUUACCGAAUUAGUUUUCAAGAGUCUAUCUUUUUAUGUGAGGAUCUGCAGUGCAUCUACCCUUUGGGCUUUAAAUCGCUUCAGAACUUAAUUUCUCCUGAUUUGGAUGAUUGUUACACUCCAAAUAAGCCUCAAAAAAGGAAGGUCUUGGAAACCAACUGUCAAGAUUCACUUCUUUCCGCAAAUUCCAAAAAGACAAAAAAACAAACUGAUGAUGAACACGCUUUGAAGGACGUACGUAGUGGAGAAGUAUACGCUAGAGCCUCACCAAAUUUACAACCCCAUCCUCAGCAGAACUCCUUUGAGAAGACCAAUAAGGAGCAGACUGAGAUUUUGGAAGCUGAUCUUGUUGAGGUGGCCGUGGACGGGGCCCCGCCCAGGGUCAGUGUCUCUGGACCUGGAGAGACAUCCCCUCAGAAUGAAGGCUGUGCAUCGCAGCCAGAACCAUCAUCAGAGGGCACUGUGGUGGCCCAGACUUCAUAUGUGCAGUGGGAAAAUGCUUACGCUCUCUGUUGGUUAGACUGCAUACUCUCAGCAUUGGUGCAUCUGCAAGUGCUCAAAAAUAAAGUGCUAGACUUGUGUGCCCAGGAGGAAUCUAUGUUCCGGAGGUUGUUUACAAAAUUCAGAGAAGCCAAUACUCUGCUGCACAGCUCUCACCUCGACCCGGCUACAGAUGGAGAGGGCAAAAAGCUCAAUUCAGAAGUAUUUAGAAAGAUAGAGACCUCUUUAAAUGAAAUCAGAGAUGACAUUUUUACUAGACUACAGCCUCAGCUUAGGUGCACAUUAGGUGAUAUGGAAAGCCCAGUAUUUGCAUUUCCUCUGCUCUUAAAAAUGGAGCCUGAAGUGGAAAACCUCUUCAAGUAUUCUUUUUCUUGGAACUUUGAAUGUUCACAAUGUGGCCACAAGUAUCAAAACAGGUGUACGAAGAAUCUGGUCACCUUUACAAAUGUCAUCCCCAAGUGGCACCCACUUAAUGCUGUCCACUUUGGUCCAUGUAACAACUGCAGCAGUAAGCCACAAAUAAGAAAAAUGGUAUUGGAAAAUCUGUCUUCCAUAUUCAUGCUGCACUUUGUGGAGGGCUUGCCGCAGAAUGACUUGCAGUGCUACUCGUUUCAUUUUGAAGGCUGUCUUUAUCAGAUCACUGCCGUGAUUCAGUACCAAGCAAAUAAUCACUUCAUAACAUGGAUUUUAGGUGCUGAUGGAAGUUGGCUGGAAUGCGAUGACCUAAAGGGGCCUUGUUCUAAGAGGCGUGAAACAUUCGAAGUGCCUGCCUCAGAGAUCCAUAUUGCUAUUUGGGAAAGAAAAGUCCCCCAAAUGACAGAUAAGGCUGCUACCUCUCCUCCACGUAAAAAGAUUAUUGAUCAGCCUGCUUUGGGCGGUGAGAGACAAGAAUCUGCAUCAGUGCAUCCUGUGGGUCAUACUGCCUCAGCUAAGAUAGCCUCAAGCAUUCACACCGUGGACAUGUCUGUGGCUCCAAAAACUCACUCACAGGAUGCAGCUGUAGCUCCUAGUGAUACUUCGGUUAAUAGUAACAUUUUCCUUUUGACACUUGAAGAAAUCAAGGCUCACUCUGAAGGUUUCCUACUGGAAAAUAGACCUGUAGCAGAAGCCACGGGGGCUGUCAAGCUAGAUACUCAGCCGUCAUGUGAGUCAGUAAGGCCUUCGGUGUUGGCAGCAGGCAGGGAACCACCCACCCCAGAUAAUUGUGCAGCUCCAAGCUCUCUACCUCCCAUUGUAAAUAGCAACAUGCAGUCAGUACCGCUCAGUUCCGAGCACAUUGCUGGUGCUAGCACGGUGGGGACUGGAAGUGCUGCUGGCCCCAUGCAGGGAGUGGAAGCAGUAGAAAUGGAGGGAUCGGUUGGUCUGGAGAAGCACGCUUCAGUAAAACAGUUCCUUUCACCAAAGACCCAGAGCGUAGAACCAGUACAGAACUCCUCUCCAGGGUCGAACCUGAAGAAGAAAGAGACAGGGGCAGCCUCUCAGACUGUCACAGUCAAAUCACUACCAACUCCAUCUCCGAAAGAAAAUCAGAAGAAGCCGUUUGUGGGCAGCUGGGUCAAAGGCUUACUCAGCAAAGGCGUUUCUUUCAUGCCACCUUGUGUCACGGCACAUAGUAGGAAUGUCGUCACUGACUUGCAGCCUUCCGUUAAGGGGGCAUGUAAUUUUGGUGGCUUUAAAACUAAAGGCACGAAUCAGAAGUCCAGCCGGGCAGCCAGGAAAACUCACAGGGGCACAAGCAAGUCAGCGAGUAGCGUUUCUCACCCUCACACUGAUGUUAGCAUCAGUGCGGAAGUUUGCAAGAAAUCUGGAAACACUUCCUCAGGAACUCAGCUCAACCACAAUUCUCAUGAAACUAAAAAUGGUGUUUCUUGUGAAAAUAGUGCUUCUGCAGCAAACCAUAGAGACUCAGUUGAGGCUCAAAUUCAUAAACUUCGUCUAAAACUUCUUAAAAAACUUAAAGCAAAAAAGAAGAAGUUAGCUGCACUUUCGUCUUCCCCCAAAAACGGGACACUUCCGAGUGGAAAUUCAGAGCCUGUGCCUCAAGGCUCUCCAAAUGAAUGUGAAUCAAUAGAAGACUUACUAAAAGAACUGCAGUAUCAGAUUGAUAUGGCCGACAGUAAAUCCGCGUGCCCUGACGACUCCAGUGUUUCGCCCUGCAAUGGUCAGACUCAUGAGGAAAUUUUAGCAGAAUUGCUUUCUCCUACAACCCUUGUUUCAACGGAGCUCUCAGAAAAUGGGGAGGCUGACUUCAGGUAUUUAGAAAUGGGAGAUAAUCACAUCCCAGCAUCAGAAACUAGUGAGUUAAGCACCAUUCCCUCAGACACUCCUCUAAGACAGGACCAUAAUUACUGCAGCCCCAGCAAGAAGAAUCAGUGUCGAGUUCAGCUAGACUCACCAGCAAAUGAUGCCUGUAUGAGAUCAUUGAGCUUGGAGAGUACCCUGAAGACUGAUAUUUUUGAUGAGUUUUUUUCCACUUCAGCAUUCGAUUCUUUAGCAAAUGACACAUUAGACUUACCUCAUUUUGAUGAAUAUCUGUUUGAAAGUUGUUGAAUGCUUUUUAUUUCAGUUUAAUAUUUAUUGCUCUUGGAACAUUUCCUUGUUUUUAGGUAGUGUUGAAACACUGACUUUGUCAUAAACAGAAUGUAAGCUGCUGAAGGUCAUACUUUGGGUUCUGCCCCAAAAGCAUGUGAGCAAUUUUAUGUCACAGCGAUCAGGAAUCUGUCUUCCUUGUUGUGUUUUAUUUUGUGGAUGGAAAUGAAUGAGAAUUUCAAAAUGUUAAAAAUAAAAACUACUGUCUGGAUUCUUGCAAAUUGUAUAUUUGUACAUCAGUAGCUACAUUUCAGAUUUUGGUUAUGUCGGUUCAGGAAAAACACGAAUUUAUAACAAAAGUUAAGCCGCAAUAUAUGGUAUGUGAAUGCGUGAGUUGCUAAUCUGUCUUAGAAAAAAAGCGUAAGCUUAUUUCAUAGACUGGCAGAAUAUUAUGGAAUGUUAACAUCCUUCAACUUACCUCAUUUUUCUCUUACAUAGGAUUUUAGGAAACCUUGUUAAUAGAGCUUUAAUGUUAAAUGAUCUAUAAUAGGAGAAAGUAAUUUAUUUUUGUGUUGAGGUACAAAUAAAUUACCAAUGUAUUUGUUUCUGAAAACAAAGUCACCAUCUAACAGUUCUGUUUAUUUAUUUUGGGGGUGCCACAGCCAGCAAUACCCAGGGCUCACUCCUGGCUCUGCACUCAGGAAUGCUCCAUUUGAUCCAGGGGACCAUAUGGAAUUCAGGGAUCAAACCCUGGCAACCCACUUGCAAGGCAGAGAUGCCCUCCUCACUUGCUGUACUAUUCUCCGUCCCCUAGAACAAAGCCUGUGCUUAUAGUACUAUCGUUGUAUUGGUUCUAUUGCCUAUGAAGUACUAAAUCAUUUAAACUUUUAGCAUUCCUGUUAGCAAGAUACUUCUACCAUAUUAAUAGCUUGGAGCUAGUAAGUCACUGAACUGAAGUAAUUAGAGCUUACAAUUAUGUAAAUCUUUUACCUCUCAGGCCUGAUUUCAAGUUACAUAUCCAGUUCACACCACUGCUCUGGUGGUUUGAAUUAGCAGUGGUUACUGUGGGUUGGUGGGGGAGAAAGUGGUACAGUCUUGGAGUUAGUUUACCCUGGAUUCAGUACUCAAUAACUUGCAAAUUUACUCCUUUUUCUCCCCUGUGAGCAUUAAAAGUAAUGUAUGUAUGCUUAUUAGAGAGAAAUGGAAAAUACAUUAAAGCAAGAUUGUGGGUCUUUGUGUUAAUAACUCUUGUAAACAGUUUUCUAUUUCUACCCUUUUAAAGAUAAACCCUGUUUUGUUUCCUUUUGUCAUCAAAUAAAUGUUGAUGUUUUUACUUUAA